UAUUCACGUCGUUUACGUUCAUUAAAACUUCCAGAACGCAGCAGGAUGGACUUAGAGUAGGGACAAGGAACGGAAGUGGGAAGGGGAGGAGCGUGCACCCCUCCUGGCCUUGGUGAGCGCCGCGCCCCCUAAGCUCCUGCCAGGGCCAUCCAGGUGACUGUGUCCAACCCCUACCACGUGGUGAUCCUCUUCCAGCCUGUGACCCUGCCCUGUACCUACCAGAUGACUUCGACCCCUACGCAACCCAUCGUCAUCUGGAAGUACAAGUCUUUCUGCCGGGACCGCAUCGCCGAUGCCUUCUCCCCGGCCAGCGUCGACAACCAGCUCAAUGCCCAGCUGGCAGCCGGGAACCCAGGCUACAACCCCUAUGUCGAGUGCCAGGACAGCGUGCGCACCGUCAGGGUCGUGGCCACCAAGCAGGGCAACGCUGUGACCCUGGGAGAUUACUACCAGGGCCGGAGGAUUACCAUCACCGGAAAUGCUGACCUGACCUUUGACCAGACGGCGUGGGGGGACAGCGGUGUGUAUUACUGCUCCGUGGUCUCAGCCCAGGACCUCCAGGGGAACAAUGAGGCCUACGCAGAGCUCAUCGUCCUUGGGAGGACCUCAGGGGUGGCUGAGCUCUUACCUGGUUUUCAGGCGGGCCCCAUGGAAGACUGGCUCUUCGUGGUUGUGGUGUGCCUGGCUGCCUUCCUCAUCUUCCUCCUCCUGGGCAUCUGCUGGUGCCAGUGCUGCCCGCACACUUGCUGCUGCUACGUCAGGUGCCCCUGCUGCCCAGACAAGUGCUGCUGCCCCGAGGCCCUGUAUGCUGCCGGCAAAGCAGCCACCUCAGGUGUUCCCAGCAUUUAUGCCCCUAGCACGUAUGCCCACCUGUCUCCCGCCAAGACCCCGCCCCCACCAGCUAUGAUUCCCAUGGGCCCUGCCUACAACGGGUACCCUGGAGGGUACGCUGGAGACGUUGACAGGAGUAGCUCAGCUGGUGGCCAAGGCUCCUACGUACCCCUGCUUCGGGACACGGACAGCAGUGUGGCCUCUGAAGUCCGCAGUGGCUACAGGAUUCAGGCCAGCCAGCAGGACGACUCCAUGCGGGUCCUGUACUACAUGGAGAAGGAGCUGGCCAACUUCGACCCUUCUCGACCUGGCGCCCCCAAUGGCCGUGUGGAGCGGGCCAUGAGUGAAGUCACCUCCCUCCACGAGGACGACUGGCGAUCUCGGCCUUCCCGGGGCCCUGCCCUCACCCCGAUCCGGGAUGAGGAGUGGGGUGGCCACUCCCCCCGGAGUCCCAGGGGAUGGGACCAGGAGCCCCCCAGGGAGCAGGCAGGCGGGGGCUGGCGGGCCAGGCGGCCCCGGGCCCGCUCCGUGGACGCCCUGGACGACCUCACCCCGCCGAGCACCGCCGAAUCUGGGAGCAGGUCUCCCACGAGUAGUGGGAGGAGAGGCCGGGCCUACAUGCCCCCGCGGAGCCGCAGCCGGGACGACCUCUAUGACCAAGACGACUUGAGGGACUUCCCACGCUCCCGGGACCCCCACUACGACGACUUCAGGUCUCGGGAGCGCCCUCCUGCCGACCCCAGGUCCCACCACCACCGUACCCGGGACCCUCGGGACAACGGCUCCAGGUCCGGGGACCUCCCCUAUGAUGGGCGGCUACUGGAGGAGGCUGUGAGGAAGAAGGGGUCGGAGGAGAGGAAGAGACCCUACAAGGAAGAGGAGGAAGAGGCCUACUACCCGCCCGCGCCGCCCCCGUACUCGGAGACCGACUCGCAGGCGUCCCGCGAGCGCAGGCUCAAGAAGAGCUUGGCCCUGAGUCGAGAAAGUUUAGUCGUCUGAUCUGACGUUUUCUACGUAGCUUUUGUAUUUUUUUUUUAAUUUGAAGGAACACUGAUGAAGCCCUGCCAUAUGCCAUACCCCUCCCGAGUCUAAUAAAACGUAUAAUCACAA